GUAUUCUUAAGCAGGUGAAAGACUACAUUAAAGAAUGCAGCAAAUGCCAGGAAAAGCUGGAUCGCUCAAGAUCUCUGUCAGAUCCUUCCGAAAUGCUGGAGGAGCUAGGCCUGGAUGCAAAAUCUCAUGAAGACAGUAAUGAAACAGAUGAUGAAUUGAGUAACACAGCAUCAAUCCCAGCUGCAUCCCCAAAGCCUGCGAAGAAAAAGCCAGUAGCAAAGCAUGAGCUUGUGUUUGUUGACAGUAAAGGCCUUGUGAAGCAGUCAUCUUCCAAACAUUGUCUGUCAGUCUUAAACCAACUGAAUCAGCAGAGGCUUUCCAAUCAGUUCUGUGAUGUGACUUUGCUGAUUGAAGGAGAGGAGUACAAAGCUCACAAAUCUGUCCUGGCAGCCAACAGCGAGUACUUCCGAGAGCUCUUCAUUGAAAAGGGAGCUGUCACUAGUCAUGAAGCUGUAGUGGAUCUGUCAGGGUUCUGCAAGUCCAGUUUCCUGCCUCUAUUGGAAUUUGCUUAUACUUCAGAAUUAACUUUUGACUUCUGUAGCAUGGCAGAAGUGGCCAUGCUGGCUCGGCAUCUCUUCAUGUCAGAGGUCCUCGAAAUCUGCGAAAAUGUGCACAAACAGAUGGAAGAGAAACAAAUUACGCUGUACCAAAAGGGAGAUAUUCAAACAGUAGAGUCCACACAAAAUUUAGGAGGGCAGGCUGAAGUUGAGACACAGCCCAUGGAUGGUGCUGAGCAACUUAAGCUCACAGCCAGUGAAGUGCCAGUAGCUGUGAAUGGAACUCCUUCCUCUGGUGAGACAGAUGAAGCAGCAGCCCCCCAGCCUGGCCUCGUGUGCCCAGAGCCUCUGGAGGCCACUCCAAGUGGUCUUUCAAAGCCCAUGGAGGAGUGUGGAACAACUGAAAGUUGCAUCAAGAUCCAGCUGGUGGAAAGCAUUUCAAAUAGCCUCUACCACAGAAUCGGCACUGAGCCAUCAGCUGUGGAAGCUGUGGUUGCACAAAGUCAAACAGAAAUUGAGACAGUUAAAAAUGGAAGUGAUAAAGCAGACGUGGACACUGCUUCUGAAGGCUCCUCAGAGACACUCAAGCAAAAAUGUGGCAGUCAGAGUACUGAACACAGCACCUCAGUUGCCCAGCCGGAAAGCGUCACUUCCAGCCAAGAUGAUACUUACAAAAGCAAACUCCGCCAGCGCUCUGUUAGUGAAGGAGGAUACAUUAGAUUGCAUAAAGGAAUUGAAAGAAAGCUAUUGGGGUCAGUUCAGGAAAAGAAUGGUUCAAAAAGCACUUAUAAUUUGGCUUGUGAAGAAUUUGACAGCAGGUUUCUACAAAGGAAAGUCGCCAUGAAGCUGGUACAAAGAGGGAAAAAAAUGAAACAGCCCAAAAGAGACACCAUGGAAAAUAAUGAAGUGGAAGCUCAGCACAAAUGCCCUGAGUGUGGAAUGUUGUUCCAGCGGCGCUAUGCACUCAUAAUGCACACACUGAAACAUGAGAGAUCUAAGGAAUAUAAAUGCCCAUUGUGUAAAAAAGAAUUCCAGUAUGGUGCCUCCCUGCGAGCUCAUCUAGUCCGGCACACUCGGAAGACUGAAGCCAGCACUGCAGCUACUAGUGCAGAAGGGACAGGAGUGUCUUCAGUGAAAGGAAGAACCAAACGGGAGUUUGUCUGUGAUAUAUGUGGGAGAACUCUGCCCAAGCUCUAUUCUCUCAGAAUACAUAUGCUUAAACAUACAGGUGUAAAGCCACACGCGUGCAAGGUUUGUGGAAAGACCUUUACUUAUAAACAUGGAUUAAAAAUGCACUUAGCUCUCCAUGAAGUACAGAAACAGUUCAAGUGUGACUUGUGUGAAAAGUCUUUUGUCACAAAAAGAAGUCUUCAGGAACACAUGAGCAUUCAUACAGGAGAAUCCAAGUAUCUUUGCUCCAUCUGCGGAAAAUCUUUCCACAGGGCAUCAGGGCUCAGUAAACACAUAAAGAAGCACCAGCCAAAGCCUGAAGUUCGUGGAUAUCAGUGUACUCAGUGUGAAAAGAGUUUCUAUGAAGCUCGAGAUCUUCGGCAGCAUAUGAAUAAACACUUAGGUGUGAAGCCAUUUCAGUGUCAGUUCUGUGGAAAAUGUUACAGCUGGAAGAAAGACUGGUAUUCUCAUGUAAAGUCUCAUUCUGUCACAGACCCUUAUAGGUGUAAUGUAUGUGGUAAAGAGUUUUAUGAGAAAGCUUUGUAUAGAAGACAUGUAAAGAAAGCCACACAUGGUAAAAAAGGAAGAGCAAAACAAAAUCUGGAACGAGUUUGUGAGCAUUGUGGAAGGAAAUUCACCCAACUCCGGGAAUAUAGGAGACACAUGAAUAAUCACGAAGGUGUGAAGCCAUUUGAAUGUCUGACUUGCGGUGUGGCCUGGGCCGACGCGCGUUCCCUGAAGCGCCACGUGAGGACACACACCGGAGAGCGACCCUACGUGUGCCCAGUGUGCAACGAGGGCUACAUCGAUGCCCGCACGCUGCGCAAGCACAUGACCAAGUUGCACAGGGACUACAUACCCUGCAAAAUAAUGCUGGAAAAAGAUACUCUCCAGUUUCACAACCAGGGGACACAGGUGGAGCAUGCCAUCAGCAUUUUAGCGGCAGACAUGCAGGAACAAGAGACCGAGAUUAGCUUUGAAAAUGCUGGUGAGGGUGAGACUGUGGUAGUGACAGGAGACACGCUGGAAGCCAUUGAAGCAGUUGCAGCUACUGAGGAAUGUGCAUCAGUCUCUACUCUUUCUGACCAAAGCAUCAUGCAGGUGGUAAAUUACGUGUUGGCACAACAGCAGGGACAGAAAAUAGCUGAAGUGACACAAGCCAUUGAAACUGUAGAAGUAGAAGUGGCCCAUGUUACAACAACAGAGUCAAUAUAG